GAGUGUCUGUCGGUGUGCCAAUCCGUCCCACAGCGAAUCGUGUUCGUCAGACUUAGCGGCGGACACGAUCUGGUCCCCAGUGUAAUUUUAGCCGCCUAAAUGAGAUUUUGAUGAACCCACUCUUUGGAAACAAAUGCUUGAAACCGCAAUAGAAACUUAGCAAUAUUCGGAAAGCUGGCCAAAACGUUUGGUUCAUCGAAGUAGAACUUGAACAGACAACGGCGAACACCUGUCAGAGUAUUGUCUGUUACGUUAUUCUUCACAUCUCCGUCGAGUUUCACGUCAAGUGAGCUUUGGCAUUCAUUAGAGUGAACGGCAAAGGGCGUCUUGACUAGCAGGGGCCGUGAUCCAAUCCGGCGACCUGCAGUCUGGCGAGUCUCGUAUCAUGCCCGUGAACGAAUAUGCGAGGAUUCGCACCCGUCGGCCAUGGUGAGAGCGCCAGUCACCGGUGAGUAUCCUCAAGAUGUGGCUGGUGAGGUCCCGGUCAAUAUGCGGUGCUCGUACCCGAUGCGUGCGCUCCCGCAUCAUCGACAUCACGAGGAUGGCAAACCGCGCCUGCCCAAUGCCCAUUCACGGUACCCGAUCCCGCGAAGUCGGCCGAGUGCAGCAUCACAAUGCAGUAAGAGUGAAGUGCCAAUGCGGUCGAGGUCCAAUGAUGAAACAAUUCAGCCUCAUCAGGUGUCCACCGGGCGGAAGCAGGUGCAGGGGAUAAAACCUGUUUUUUGCGAGUUCCUCACGAUGUUGACAGCGGGCGAUCGCAGGCCACCCCCUCCCCAGGGGAACGGAAGAGGCACCGCGGCUGGGCCAGAAGGACGGUACUCCUGUGCUCAACGGAUGACCCGCAAUGAUCUAGACCGAUGGCAGAGAUUCUGCUCCAUAUUUUUGAGUCGUGUCCCGUACCGCUUCUCGCCGCCGCCGCGUCGUACCCGCGGGAUCGAUCAUAUUUGGGCACAUUAUGGCGGGAAGGCCAAGCUUGGCGGGAAGAGUGGUCGCUGGGUGGGUGCAGCUCCAAAAGGCAAUACCGGUAAGGUAGACUCGGUUCGGACGACGUCUGGUAAGACAACUGUGCCAGAACACUGGGAUUGUGUGACCGGUAAAAGUCGCAAGCGUUGAGCGACUUUGAUUAGCGUUAUGUGUCGACCGUUGCACAAACGCUAUCGUUAACCGACAUCCUUUCCGACUGAAGCGAAAGAGGCUGCCCAGAGGUGAGAUCAUCGCUGGAGCUAUGACCA